CUUGCUGGUGCUUUGUUCUCCUCAACAAACAGUCUGAUGCUUUUUACUAAUUACUAUAUUAAUAUGUAGCUACAACAUGCAUUUUAUACUGUAGGAUAAUGUUUAUAUAUAUGUGUUUGUGUAAUGUGUUACGCUAUAAAAUUCUAUUAGACAGGUACAUAUGCAACAUUUUAAGCGUAUACAUGUGCAUAUAUGUUAUAUAGGUACAUAUAUAUAUACGGAUUAAAAUGAUAUUUAUAUUUGUGCAUUAUAUUACAAAACCCUAUGUAGAUGCAUGUACAUAUAGUAUUAAAGUUUAUACUCGUGGACUAUAUUACAUUAUAAGAUGAUGUUACUUUAUAUGUUGUGUGUGAGUUAUAUAUACUGCGUUGUGCACCUUGGCCCAGAGUAGUGUUUUUUUGACUGGGGUGUACACGUAUAUGGUUGAAUGCCAAUAAGCAACGCAUACAAAAUGCUGGAGGAACUCAGCAGAUCAGGCAGCAUCUAUGAAAAUAAAUAAACAGUUUGAAGUUUCAAGCCAGGACUGAAAAGGAAGGGGAAGACUCUAGAAGAAAAAAAGGUGGUGGGAGGGGAAGGCAGAUGGCUAGAAAGUGAUAGAUGAAGCCAGCUGGAUGGAAAACAUAGUGGAUGUGGUUAAUUAGGCCAUCAGUUAAUUGGGGCAGCUACUGAUUUGCGACAACUCUGAAAGACCAAAAGCUACUUGAGAACGUAGCUGGAAUUUCCAUUGUUCAUUUGGGACACUGCCACUUAAUUGGAGCAGGAGACUGUUGUUGAACAGUUUCUAACUUGUGUUAGUCGCAUGCACACCGUGCUUAGAGUGAACAGUUUGUAAAUAGCAUCAGUUGGUGUGUGUUUGUGUUGAAAAUGCAGUGAUUUUUGUCUCUGAUAGUUUGUGAGAAAUGAGCAUUAGGGCAAUUCAGAACUGUUUCAUUCACCGUGGGAGUGAAAAUGAAACUAUUUCACUAUUUCAACAAGUUAGGAACUACAAAGUAUUUGAAGGUAUCAAUAAUCAUCUUGAAUAUUACAAUGACAAUGAAGAUUUGGAGGAUGCGAUUGUCAAUAGCACUGUAUGAAGGCAGUCCAUCAUCUGAACUAGGUGUCUGUGAUUAUUUUGUUCAUUGCAAACACUGGAUGAAUUCCUCUGUCGCAGUUUUAUAGUACUGUAGUAUUAUAAUUUGUUCUGUAUUUCAUUUAACUACAUAAUUUGUUACUCAGUUUGCCUUUUUUUAUACUUUAACUUUUUCCAUGAAACUUCGGCUAAUCAGGGUAGCCAUUUAUUGGCAGACGCAAAUGUACUGGUCCCAAUGUGUCCCAAUUAACCAAAAUCCACUGUAUUCUGUUACUUAUAAGACCAUAAGACAUAGGAGCAGAAUUUUAGGCUAUUUGGCCCAUUAAAUCUGCUCCGCCAUUCAAUCAUGGCUGAUCCUUUUUUUCCUGUCUUCUCCUCAACCCCAGUUCCCAGCCUUCUCCCCGUAACCUUUGACGCCCUGACUAAUCAAGAACCUAUUAACCUCUGCUUUAAAUAUACCCAAUGACUUGGCCUCCACAGCCAUCUGUGGCAAUGAAUUCCAUAGAUUCACCACUUCUGGCUGAGGAAAUUCCUCCUCAUCUCUGUUCUAAAGAGAUGUCCUUCUAUUCUGAGGCUGUGCUCUCUGGUCCUAGACACCCCUGUCAUAGGAACCAUCCUCUCCACAUCCACUCUCUCUAGGCCUUUCAAGGCCAGGCCCUCCAACAUGGUAGUGCUGUCUUUUAAGCUUUGUAUGCACUGUUAAAUCUCCCAGAUCUUCAUGAGAUAAAUGUGUACCGACUAAGACACAGCUGUCACAAGAAGACACAGAUACUCACCAGAAUCAUCCAGUAAUCAGUAGACAACAUAAUAUUCAUUUCCUAGAUACUGUUGUGAGUAACACUGGGCUAUUAGGAAUAAAAAAUUUUAAUUUAAUUUUCUUAAUUGCUUCUUACAUAAUUGCUUUUAGUGUGAAUAUCAAGGGGCAAAGGGCCAAUUAACCAGAUUCACGUUUUAUGAUGACAACUCCACGAAUAGCUGCAAGCAAUCUGAUUUUACAUUGUCAUAGAGGUUUCGUUAUGAGGACUCCCCAACAUCCAACGAACUUUUCCUGCAUUUACGAGUCCUUCUAUACCGAAAAAAUGAAGAUAUUCAGAGAAGGAGAAUGACAAGCAGACAGCAAUGCCAUUUUAUUCUCCAGAAUCUGGUGUGACCCUGGGAUUUAGGUUUGCCAACUCUGGAUCUUUCAGAGAGCAUGGAAACAGGCUCUUUGGCCCAUCUAGGCUGAGCUGGGCAUUGACCUCCCCAUUUAACACGAAUCUAAUAUUAUUCUUUAAAGGUAAAGGUCAGCUUUAUUUGUCACAUGUGACACAUACGGUGAAAUGUGUCGUUGCGUCCCACGAGUCUCACCACACUAUAUACUAUGCCCACAAUGUACUGACCCUAACCCGUUUGUCUUUGGAAUGAGGGAUGAACCAGAACACCCAGAGGAAACGUACACAGUCAAGUCGAGUUUAUUGUCAUUUAGCUAUAUACGUACAUGUAAUGGAACGUGACAAUGUUUCUCUGAACCAGGGUGUAAAGCACAGGAGUACACAUCAACGAUAACAUAUGAAGGUAAGGGUAAGAUGAACUGUGCAUAAAUAAACAUAGUAAAGUGCAUAAAUUACAUAUUGUCGGGUACAGAACCAAUCAACCGGUGACUCUUUGAAUGCAUGCGGCAGGGAGUUUAGAAGCCUAAAGACUUGGGGAAGAAACUUGUUUCCCAUCCAGACUGUUCUUGUUUUUAUGCAUCGGAGUCUCCUGCCUGAUGGUAGAAAGUUAAAGAGGAUUCUGGAUGGAUGGGUGGGAUCCUUAGUAAUACUAGUGGCCCUGUGUACGCAGCGCUCCUGACAAAUGUCCCUGAUGGACGGUAGGGAAGCCCCUGUGUUCUCACAGUCCUUUGUAGGGACUUGCGGUCGGAUGCUCGGCCACGCCGCUUGUCAGGACGCUCCUACAAAAUGCAGGUAAGAUGGGGUGGAGAGUGGGAGCCUCACUUGCCUCAGGAAGUGGAGGUGCUGCUUGUUCAAGGAGGUGAUGGUAAGGGACCAGAUGAGGUCAUUCAUGAUGUGAACUCCCAGGAACUCAGUGUACUUAACUCUCUCUACAGGGGAGAGUGUAGAAGCACUCAUGGAGGGGAUGUACAAGCUCCACACAGCCUCUGAGGUCAGGAGGGUUUAAACUACUGUACCAGGUCUGUGAGCUUGCGAGUCCAGUGAGGAAGUUGGAAAAACAUAGCUGCAAGUCCACUGGAGAAUGGAGACCUGGAAUGGGGUUCAACGACUGUGAGUGUGGAUGGGAGGAAAGAGGUUCAUUGCUGAACAUUGUGGGCAUGCUGUUGGUGCUGGAAUGUGUGGCCCCAGGACGUGUUGAUUGUUAACACAAACGACGCAGUUCUCUGAAUAUUUCUAUGUAUGUGUGGUAAAUAAGUGAAUAUGAAUCUGAAAACUAGUCUGGGACUGCAGCAGGUAAGAAAAAUGAAACAAAUAUAAAGAUUAAAACCAGCACAUUAGCUUCAGGUGACAGACUGCUACCCUGACGUUCUCCUGUAAAAUGUCUCGACACAAUUUUGAAUUCUCUGUUCCUCAAUGAUUGCAAGCUGUCCAGGCUCUGAGGCAGCAAAGCCAGCCCCAAACUAUGAUGCUCCUUCCACCAUGCUUCACAGUUGGGAUGAGACUUUGGGGUUGAUGUGCAGUUGCCUUUUUCCUCCCAAUAUAGCCGUGUGCAUUUCUGCCAACAAGUUCAACUUUUGUCUCAUCUGUCCACAGAACGUUGUCCCGGAAACAUUGUGGAACAUCCAGGUGGUCUUCUGCAGACUUCAGAUGUACAGCAAUGUUCUUUUUGGAGAGCAAUGGUUUCCUCCGUGGUGUCCUUCCAUGAAUGGAAUGUCCUUCAAUUCCUGCUGCUGUCAAGUUUGUACGUUCUCUCUCUGACCACAUGGGUUUCCACUGGGCACCCUGUUUUCCUCCCACAUUUCAAAGAAACACAGGUUAGUAAGGGUUACUAAUUCUUGGGCAUGCAGUGCUGGUGCCAGAAGUAUGAAGACACUUGCAGGCUGCCGCAAGCACACCUCGAGCCAUGUUGGUCACUGACGCAAACGAUGCGGCUCACUGCAUGUUUCCAUGUACAGUACACUUGACUAAUACAGCUAGCCUUUAAGUCAACUAGAGGUCAUGGGUUAAGUGUGAGAGGUGAAACAAUUAAGGGGAACAUGAAGGGAAACUGCUUCACUCAGAGGGUUGUGAGAGUGUGAAUCGAGCUGCCAGUGCAAGUGAAAUUUGGAUAGGUACAUGGAUGGUCAGGGUAUGGACCAGGUGCAGAUCAAUGGGAGUAGGUAGUUUAAAUGGUUCAGCACCGACUCGAUGGGCUGAAGGGCCUCUUUCGGUGCUGUACUUUUCUAUGAAGUCCAAAAGGGAAGUCAAGCAUGGUGAGGACAGGGAGUAAAGAAGGUGUGAUGGGCUAGCUGAUUUGACCUUAGCACAAAAAGGUUGGCAAGCAAGGCAGAAAGCUACAGAGUACAGACCAACUCAUGGGAUUGUGAUAUCACAGCACCCAACAGCAUGGCAGCAAAGCAGCUUAACUCCAGCGAUCAGAAUUCAAUUCUCCGCUGCUGUACGUUCUGCGCAUGACCACGUCGAUUUCCUCCUGGUGCUCCGGUUUCCUCCCACAUACCAAAAAGACGGAUGGGUUAGGGUUAGUAUGUUGGUGCCAGAAGCGUAGCAACACUCGUGGGCUGCCUCCAGCACAUCCUCGGACCAUGUUGGUCACUGAUACAAACAACACAUUUCAUUAUGUGUUUCAAUAUGUCUCAAAUAAAGCUAAUCUUUAACUAUUGUGGAUAAAUGGAGGAGGAGACAAUGGCGCCUUAUGGCAACUCCUCUGCUUGCUUCUUUGGAAACUGCUCUAUUUCUAUCUCUAAUAUCUCUAUUUUUUCUUUUGAAGACCCGACCUGGAGUUACAUGCUGACUUUAGCUGUUUGUGGGAAUAGGACCUGCUCUUGGGGUUUCAUGACUGGCCGUUAUUUGAUAUGCCAAGGGCUCAGCCUAAGAGCUUCACUCACCUUCGGAGGUCUGGGAUCUCGUGACUCUGGAGACAGGCAGACUGAAGGUGUAUUGCAAUGUACUGCUGCCACAAAACAAUCUAUUUCACAACAUAUGCCAGUGAUAGGAAGCCUGACUCUGAGUCUCUUCACUCUCUGGAAGGCAAGCUGCAUUACCUCUACCUGCAGUUGACCCAGCAUAAGAUGAGAAAUUGUUGCAUGCUUGUUCUUGCAGAAAUGUGGCUGUGGGGCAGCAUCUGAUGCACCAUCAAUCAUCAGGCUGUGUCGCUCAGGGACUUGUACUAAUAUUAUUUGUGACGGUACUUGCUGUGUGUGACUGUACAUGCUGAGUUUAACUGUACGUGCUGUGUGUGAUGUGACGAGAAUACACAUAAAUUAAGAUGUUUGCUGGCCUGGGCUAGCAUCAGUGGCAUCAGCAGUUGGUCUGCCACCUGCCCUCAGGGGAAGGAGAGAUAAGGAACACAAUGAAGCAGCAUUUGGAGAUGUUAAUGAAGGAGCCAUCAGUCUGGGUAUUGUCAAGAUCGGCUCCCCCUUUGAACCCUGAACUGUUUGAAGUGAUGGACAGGCGAUACCCCAGCAGGGGGAUAAAAAGGGACAGGUUCGCUGAGGCAGGACGCACACGACACCCGAGGUAACGAGACCCUGGAAGCGGUGCCCCCCCCCCCCGCAAGUCGGCGGGAGUCGUUUGGAAGGCUGGUUGCGGGACCAAGCCAUAGACGCACAGGGUGGAAAGGUACGGUCAGCGGGAACCUGGUGUGUGUCCACCCUCGCUUGGGUGCUGGGUUCACUGCAGAGGAUCGACCGCAUCUGGAGGAGGGGUCACAGUCGGUGACCUCAGGUGACAUCACCAAGGACCCGCCCGAAAGCUGCUUGUGAGCAAUAUCGCCAGUCUGUGUGUGGAAGCCGUUUUGAAUGAUCAUUCGUUCUUGUUUUCUCUCUCCUUCCCCCCACAUUGUCCAUCGCCAUGGCAACGAUUACUGUGAACUGAACUAAAUUGAACUGGACUUUGUGUCACUUUGAAAUUGGUCAUUUACCCCUAGACAACGAUAGAGCUUGAUUGAUCCUGUUAUCUUAAUUCUGUGCACAUGUGUGUUUAUCAUUGCUGAACUGUUGCAUUUAUUAUCCUUUUGAUUACUGUGUUGCUUGUUUCUUUAAUAAAGCUUUCUUAGUUCUAGUAAUCCAGACUCCAACUGAGUGAUCCAUUUCUGCUGGUUUGGCAACCCAGUUACGGGGUACGUAACAUAAGUGGGGUUCUCAUCUGUGAUUUUGAACGCUAAAUUUGGGACGGAGUAAAUUGAUUGGGUCAAAAUUCCCGAAAGAAAGAAAAGACAAACAGCAGAAAUGGAGGCUGAGGAAUUUAUAAAGGCGCCGACCUUGGAGGCAUUAGAGGAUGCCAGGAAAUCGGAAUUGGUAGCUGUGGCCAAACGGUUGAAUCUUGCUAAGGGGAAGUUGACAAUGAGGAGAGAGGAGAUACACAGAGCUAUCGUAGAGCACUAUGUAUCUAAAGGUGUGUUUCCCCAAGGGGAGCUGGGGGUGGUGUCUAUUGAAAAACCUGCUGGAGACGCGGUACAGGUGCAGCUUGAAAAACUGAGACUCGAGCACGAGUUCCGGGUACGGCAGUUGGAGCGAGAAGAGAAAGAGAGGGACAGACAGUUGCAGCGAGAAGAGAAGGAGAGAGAGUUAGAAAGGAAAGAGAGAGAGUUAGAAAGGCAAGAGAGAGAGAGGCAGUUGGAGCGAGAAGAGAGGCAGUUGGAGAAACAGAGGGAAAGGGAAUUCGAGCUGGAGAAGUUAAGGUUAAGGGCAGAGCAGGGGCUCGUGCCAAACCAAGGUGGAGGGUUCCGGGCGACCCAGGAGGUUAGGCUGGUUCCCCCAUUUGACGAUACCGACGUGGAUCGGUACUUUCUCCAUUUCGAAAAAGUGGCUAUAAGUCAGGACUGGCCGAGGGAUAAGUGGGCUGUUUUACUUCAGAGUGUACUGAAAGGGAAAGCCCAAGAAGCUUACUCAGCUUUGUCCGCAGAAGAUGCCCAGGGGUAUGAGGUGGUGAAAGAGGCCAUCCUCUGGAUUUAUGAGUUGGUCCCGGAGGCAUACCGGCAGAGGUUCCGGAAUGCGAGGAAGCAGUGGGACCACACGUAUUUGGAGUUUGCCCGUGAGAUGCAGACAUAUUGUGAGCGUUGGUGCGCCUCAAAGGGGGUAGAGGGGGAUUAUGACAGACUGCUGCAGCUGAUCCUGAUUGAGCAGUUUAAAGGUUGUGUCCCUGAGGGUAUGAGACCCUACCUAGAUGAGAAAGAGGCAGCCACGUUAGCCGCAACUGCUAAGUUAGCGGAUGAGUAUGCGUUGACGCAUAAAAUGAAGUUUGCCCCGAGUAAAGGCUACCAGAAGGGUAGUCAGGAUGGCGGGGAGAGUCCGCCAGAAAAGUCAGAAAGUAAGCCGGGGACUAGUGAGAAGGAUAAGGUAGACCCGGGAGCAGUCUGGUAGGAAGUCUCCUGGGGUCGUCUGUUAUAAUUGCGGGAAAGUCGGACACUUUGCGUCCAGGUGCUUUGCCCCAAAGAAGGAGAUUGGAAAAGGGAAAACAGCGAUUUUGACUGGCUGUAUCGAGCUGGUAAACGAACCGCUAGGGAAGGACAGGUCUGCCAAAGUUCAGGAAGGGCGCGAGAAGUUUAUCACGGCCGGAUUGGUGUCAGUGAAGGAGGGGUUAAAACCAGUUCCAGUGCGGAUCUGGAGAGACACGGGAGCAUGUCAGUCACUAAUACUGAAGAGUGUAUUAGAGUUUAGCUGAGAGACCCAGACUGGGGAAGUCAAGGUCAAAGGUAUUGGAGAAGGGACAGAGACAGUCCCUUUGCACCAGGUACACUUACAAAGCAACCUGGUCUCUGGACUAGUCACGAUCGGGGUGAGGUCCGAAUUACCGAUGAAAGGCGUGGAAGUCUUGCUCAGUAAUGACGUCGCCGGGGGAAUCGUGUUCCCAGUCGUGAGAUUGACAGGUCAGCCUGCCAGCAUUGAAGCCCCGCCCAUGGACUCACAGGUUCAUCACGGGACCGCGGUAGUGAAUUUAGCUGAGACGUUUCUGCCAGUCUUGUAACGGAAGGGGGUAGAAAGUGAAAAGAAGGAGUGUAGUGAGGCAAGAGGUAGUGAGGGAGCUGGGACAGACGUAGCAGUACCCAGGAAAGAAUUUGUGCAGACGCGGGAGCGAGACGAGGGGCUGAUGGUUUCGGCAGAGACAGCUCUCUCUGACACAGACUUGACAAGGAAACUAGUAGGCUAUUGUGUGGGGGAGGAAGUGCUAAGGAAGCAAGGGGGACCAAGUACCGUGCCCGCAGAUGAGGAGUGGGGGGUGGUGCAAAAGAGUUAUGGGGAUGCAGUUUUUAACCUGGCCCACGAGGUACCCCUGGUGGACAUUUUGCGGUACUGGAGGGAACAGUUGGUGGAAUCAUGAAAGAGGUUUACCGGCUGCCCAGAGGGAAGGAUGUUAUUGAUUAUGGCCGACGCGAACUGAGACGGUCACAGGCUUUUGAUAUGCUAACAAACCUAGUUGGUGUUAGCGUGAAAAUCAAUGAAGCUAAGGGCCCCCUGAUAAGAGAAAAAAACUAUUUUGAAAAGAUUAGUAUGGUAUCGAUCAGAUGGGAGAAGGCUAUUGUUUUGGCCAGGUCUGCUGAUAAGGUCUCUCCCUUAAUCCCCGAACAAAGCGACUCUUUAGGAGAAGUAAUUAAACAACUCGCACCCGUGUGUUUGAUUGUCCCGAGGCGAUGCAAAGAACUGGGAUGUUGGGUGGUGUCUGUUACAAUAGGUCAGCCUAGUAAACAAUAUUCAUAUAGAAUGAGUAAUUCAGUGACUAAAGGGCUGACGAACACAGACGUGUGUAUUGGCAAUUUAAUACGGCUGUCUGAAGCCAGCUUGAUAGUGAACCUUGAAAAAAAUGAGUUUGGCCACACGAAGGUCACUUACCUGGGAAUUGUGGUGACACAGGGGCAGCUGGCAGCGAUGCAAGCUACAGUGCAGGCUAUCACUGACCUCCCAACCCUGACAGACAAGAGGGCCCUCAGAAGGCUCUUGGAGAUGGUGGGGUACUGUAGGAAGUUUUGCAAUAACUCUGCGGUCACUACCCCUCCCCCUCCUACUAAGCCCUUGCGAGAGAAAACUAAGUCGGAAUGGGACGACCCUUGUUAUUGUGGUCCGGGACAAAACCAAAUGAGAGGUUACAUUGAUCGCAAUUCAUCAGUGUUUUUGGCCACUGUGAAGUUUGCUAAAUUGGAGCCUGGUCUAAGGGAUUAUUAAUAACACAUAUAAAAGGAACAGGAAAAUGUGAUUGCUGACUGUCAGGUGUUGACAACUUUAAAUUCUCUGUAUUAGCCAAAUAGCUGAUAAAGAUGUAUAUUUGUGUGUAUCAAAUAAUGUACUCAUGUUUGUAAUUUUUACCCCGGUAAAAAUCCUUAAAGGGGGGAAGUGUGACGAGAAUACACAUAAAUUAAGAUGUUUGCUGGCCUGGGCUUGCACCAGUGGCAUCAGCAGUUGGUCUGCCACCUGUCCUCAGGGGAGGGAGAGAUAAGGAACACAAUGAAGCAGCAUUUGGAGAUGUUAAUGAAGGAGCCAUCAGUCUGGGUAUUGUCAAGAUCGGCUUCCCCUUUGAACCCUGAACUGUUUGAAGUGAUGGACAGGCGAGGAAGGCUGGUUGCGGAAUCAAGCCAUAGACGCACAGGGUGGAAAGGCACGAUCAGCGGGAACCCGGUGUGUGUCCACCCUCGCUUGGGUGCCGGGUUCACUGCAGAGGAUCGACCGCAUCUGGAGGAGGGGUCACAGUCGGUGACCUCAGGUGACAUCACAAAGGACCCGCCCGAAAGCUGCUUGUGAGCAAUAUCGCCGGUCUGUGUGUGGAAGCCGUUUUGAAUGAUCAUUCGUUCUUGUUUUCUCUCUCCUUCCCCCCACAUUGUCCAUCGCCAUGGCAACGAUUACUGCGAACUGAACUAAAUUGAACUGGACUGUGUGUCACUUUGAAAUUGGUCAUUUACCCCUAGACAACGAUAGAGCUUGAUUGAUGCUGUUAUCUUAAUUCUGUGCACAUGUGUGUUUAUCAUUGCUGAACUGUUGCAUUUAUUAUCCUUUCGAUUACUGUGUUGCU